AUGGAAAAAGAACUGAACGACAUGAUGCUCAAAAGUAUUAUGAAAGAUAAACCCGUCGACAAGUUUGUUGAUGAAGUAUUUUCUGAAUUCAAAGUUGAAAAUGUUGAAAAACUCGUUUCAAAAGCUUCAGACAUUAAGGAGAAUCUUGAGAAAAAAGGGAUGAAAUUAACUCCAGCAAUAAUGUCCCUUGCUCUUUGUGCUGGUCCGGAUGGGUUUAUGAGGUUCUAUGAGAAAUCAAAGACCUUUAAGAUUUGGAGUGCUCUGUUGGACCAAAACUCUCCUAUUAACUCGUUAAGGAUUGUCCAUAUUGGAGAACGUGCAAUGACCACACUUUACAACACUCGUGAGGAAGUGGCUCAAGAGUACAAUGAACUAUUGGCCAAACAUUAUCAAUCCUUAUUGAUGGAACAUAAGGAUGAGGGCAAACCAAAGACCAAAUCAUCAAAAAAAAAAGCAAUACCUCCAAAAUCCUCCACUCCUCAACCAUCCAACAACAGCAAGGUUGCAACGGCUACUAAUUCAUCAUCCGAGAAAGUGGAGACUCCAACAACAUCACCUUCUCCACAACAACCUUCUAACGUUGAAACAUCCAACGACAACAUUAUUUCUGAUGAAUUCAAGACUACGGCUGUUGAAAGAAUGACGGCCGAUCAAAUAUACAAUGCCUUAGUCAACAACGACCAUCAGGUGAUGGCUAGUUUGUUUUUUGCACUUUCUGAUUUGCCUCAACAAAUGCAACUCUUGAAAACAGAUUUCUCUCAACAAAUGCAACUCUUGAAAACAGAUUUAGUGGCGCAAAUGAACAAAAUGGAGGCCAACAUCCGUGAGGACUUGAGAAUUAUUAAUACAAACAUUGGUUGUUUGUACGAAGGUCAAGUGAAACUUCAGUUUCAAAAAGAUGACGACUUUAUAACUGAAAAUCCAGUUGUGUUGAAGAAAACUGAUCAUCCUGAUUCAUUUGCAAGUACUCGAAUCAAAAAUCAUAAGUAUUCAGCCUAUCUCACAGUACUUUGUUUGAAUAAGAAAAUUAGUGUUGAGAAUGCUGCAAAAUUGAAUUUGGAUGCGGAAGAAAUUGAAAUUAAUUUCAUUAAGAAACACAAAGAAAACGGAAAUGUUGAAAUUUAUGAAGCGACUAUUUCGUCAUUUAGCAAUGAUGAGAAAUUGUUGACAAAAAUGUUACAAUUAGAACGACAAAUUAUGUUCUACAAGGAAUGUUUUAAAAACACAGUCAUCAGUAGAGUUGGAUUGGUCUCAUCUUCCAAUUUGAACCUUGAAUGGGUGGAGAAAAUCAUUGAACAACAUAAUGGCCUCUUUGUCAACAUUCAAUCGUUCAUUGAAAACAACACUUUUUCUGUUGUCAAGGAAGGACACAAGCCUGAAAUUGAUUAA